UACAAUGAUAGAUUUGAAAUAUCAGUUAUACGAGAAGCAGAGAGUGUCGUUUCGCGAGAGGCAAGUCGAACGAGCGUCGCUUCCUCUUUCGAGUUUUAUGAAUUUGUGAUUUCGAUAUUUUUAUUUAAUAGAAUCAAGUACAAUUCUCAGAUCUAUCCUAUAAAAGGUUUCCAAUCGUUUGCGAACGAUCACAGUGUUAAUUAAUAUCGAAGCUUCCCGAUAUAUGCACGCUUUGCUUUCAUUUCAGACAAUUAAGCGAUAAAGGUGAACGAUAUUGCUUUAGCAUGGCCUUGAUGCUCCAAAAUUUAAAAUUAUCUUCGAACAUUCCUCCGGAAUAUACGGAAAAUGCGCAAAACACGUUGUACAAAAUGCAAGAGCAUAUUGAAGGACGUGGUCAUAAAUAUCAAUGGAGCCUGAAUGAUUUUGAGAUUGGGGCUCCUCUAGGACGUGGAAAGUUCGGUCGCGUCUAUCUUGCCAGAGAAAAGACUACUCGUUAUAUGAUAGCCUUAAAAACUCUUUAUAAGAUCGAACUGAUAAAAGGUCGCGUUGAGAAACAAGUCAUGCGCGAGAUUGAGAUACAGUCGCAUUUACGGCAUCCCCACAUUCUUCAAUUAUUAACUUAUUUCCAUGACCACAAACGAAUUUAUUUAGUAUUAGAAUUUGCCGCAAGAGGAGAACUUUAUAAGGAGUUAAAGCGUCAACCAGGAGAAAGAUUUAACGAACAUCUCUCGGCCAAAUAUACGUAUCAAGUAGCCGAUGCUUUGGAAUAUUGCCACAAAAAUAAUGUAAUCCAUAGAGAUAUAAAACCUGAAAAUUUAUUGCUUACGUAUAACGGUGACGUAAAAUUAGCAGAUUUUGGAUGGUCAGUUCAUGCACCUUCGUCAAAACGAACUACGUUAUGUGGAACAUUAGAUUAUUUACCGCCGGAGAUGGUAACUGGACAAACGUACGAUGUAUACGUCGAUCAUUGGUGCCUCGGAAUACUCUGUUACGAAUUUCUAGUCGGCAGACCACCAUUCCUCAGCGAUUCUCAACAAGAAACAUAUGUUAAGAUAAAAACUUUGAAUAUACAAUGGCCGGAACAAAUUACGCCCGGUGCCAAAGAUCUUAUUUCAAAGCUAAUCAAAAGGAAAGGUUCUGAAAGAAUAUCACUGGCAGCUGUAAAGAAACAUUUUUGGAUACAAGAACAUAAGAAUAAUCCAAAAUGAUAUCGUACAAACGUUGCGUGUAUAUAAAGUAAUAUAAUCGUAUUUAAAGUAGCCUCGUGGCUCGCUCGAUCGAUAGUUGCUCGUUGUAUUCCAUUUUGUAUGAAUGCGUAAUUAUUUUUAUACGUAUGACCAAAUAUAUCAACAAAUUUAAGAUAACGGAAAAUAAUGCUUCAAGAUUUUAUAUAUACGUACAUAUAUAUAAACUUUAUAUAUGCAUAUAUACACAGGAGCGCUCGGAAAACUAAUCGUAAAAGUAAUAAAACUCUAAGGAUACAUUUUUAUUUGGUGAAUGCGUGUAUGACGUGUGUAUAUACAUACAUAUCCUCUUGUAUAAAAUCGUAGACGCGAUGCGAUACGACGUUAUAUAUAAAUUUAUAUAUUUAUAAUCCCUCUCGAAAAAAGAGAGGUAGAGGAAGAAUUAAAUUAUACGAUUUUUUAUGGCCAAUUUAAA